AUGGCGAAGAAGAGAAAUGUACGCAACGCAUCUGUCUCCGCUGCCACCACGGACGGUGGCGCCGCCCCUGCCGACGGUCGCCUCCGGCCUGUCUUCGCCGCAUCGUCGCGCACCGCCACAGCGGAGGAGGCGCUGCAUGCUGCACUGGAACAGCUCGACUCCAUCGCGCAGGAGGCGCACGUGUACACGCAGCAGCAGAAGGCGGCCGCACUGAACAGCGCUGCGGCGGAGGCGACGUCACCGCCUUUCAAGCGCGUGCGCGACGACCCGGCGGGCGGCACGGCGCGCCUGACCGCCUCCACUGCAGCCAAGGGCAGUCGCCUUGACGUCUUCGCCGCCAUGUCCGCCUUGCAAUACCAAGCCCUCUGUGCAGCGGUGGCGGCCUACGGGCUGCAACUCCUGCCGUCACUGGAAGAGAUUCUCAAGCGGGUGGCGCUGGCCGUGCUGACGCCGUGGCUAUCCACCCCAGAGGCGUGGGAAACACUGGCGAUGCUGUGCACCACGUACCGCGCCGGCGCCGCCCACGCCUUGACUGAGCUCCUGGAGAGCCUCCUGCGGGAGCCUGGGGUGCUCCUGCUGGAUGCGCCACAGCUCGUGCCGGCGUGGUACGCAGAGGCUGUUGUGCACGUCCUGCCUUCGGCGAUGGCGUCGAACGCGGCCACCGCAGCCCUGGGCGGCUUGCUGACACUCGCCGAGGACCAGCAGCUGCGAGAAGAGUCGGCCGAGUCUGUCCAGCAGGCAAUGCCCAUCCAUACUGAAAGGACGGCUCGGAAGCUGCGUGCGCUAGUGGACAUGCUCUACGCGGCUGGCGGGUAUGUGCCGACGGCUACCUUGCAGCAGAUGGCGCUUCGGCACGCGAUGGAGGUGGUGGAGGGCGGCGUACUGCCCUGCUACCUCAGUGAGCAGGAGUACAGCGAGGCCUUCAACACAGUCUCCACGUUUCCGGGGACGGCGGCGGCGGCUUCGUCGUCGUCCUUUGUAGGCGCUGGAGCGACGGCGGGGGAUUCGACCGGCGCGGCGGUGCUGCGCUGGAGUGUGCCGGCAGCCUGGCAUGCAGUUAGUCUGCAGUUGCUCGAAGCUUUUCUUUUCACGUGCCGUCCCGGACUCCCGGCGCAGCUGCUGGUGACGACGACGCGCGCCAUCAACGUCCUCGCCGCGCGCCUGCAUCGCGGAGUACCGCUGCUGAGCACAUUGCAGGAUCCGAAUUCGACGGCCGAUCCCAGCCAAGAUGGGGGCAAGAAGACCAUGUCGGUGGCGUUGCCGCUCCUUCCCGUGACGGCCGCGGUCGGGGCUGCGGUGGUGCGCCUCGGUCACGUUCUGCAACUUCUCCGUCAUCCCGUCGUCCUGCCGCCGCUCCAGCCGGCGCAGUUGGUGGUAGAGAAGGCGAAGCGGCGCACAUUUAUGUUGACAGAGCCCCCUGCAGCGACGGUGGCUGCACCGAGUGCGCGCGUGACGACGCCGCCGCCGCAACAGCAGCAGCUGCGGCCUGUCGCGCCGACCGUUGCAGCACCCGCCGUAGUACCUGCACCAGCUGCAUCUUUGCCUCGCACGUCAGCGCCAAAGCCCACACCGCCGGUGGAGGUUCGACCAGCGCCGCAGCCUGUAAAGCCGGCGCCACCCCCGCAACCGCCCGCCGUUGUGGACAGCACCGACGACGACAUCCCUGACAUCGUGAUGGACGACUAA